AUGCUGAUCAAUGAGUUCUUCCAGAACUUUCCUAUGGAAUGGGACCCAAUCGAGUUCAAACCUCUUUCGGAGCGAGAUGAGAUCCUGAACGAGCCUCUCGAUUGCAUUCGAGCCAUAUGCCUGCCACCUCUCGAUCCCAAUUCCGCAAAUCGCUGGACCUUUUUUCUGUCGACAUCGGAAGUGAACAUGACGGCGAUCAGACUGAAUUGUGGUCCAAGCUUCUCACAAGACAGCACGAUUCUUGACGAUGGCUCCAAAGCCAUCAUUUCGUUUGAAAGACGAGCGACCUUGGUUCCACCCGAGCGGGAAUUGAUCUUGACUCUGAGCGUGCACCCCGGAUACACAGUGGGAGAUAUCUACGACAUGAUUGUUGUGAACAACCGGCACAAAUUUGAGAUUGAUAAUUUUGCUGAGGAUAGUCGCAUCUGGGUUCAUGAUCAGCUUCAACUUUUCGACAUAUACGGUGUGUUCUCUGACGAGGAUGAGAUCGAGCUGGCGAUGGAGAGCGUCAAUAGCAGAUGGCCAGGGGACAUUCCUGACCCAGUUGAGGAGGGGGUUUACUAUGGGUAA